CAGUAGGGUGAGACAGUCAUCUUGAGCGAGAACGAGAGAGUGAGAGAGACGGGAGUCCCGGCCGGCGCAGCUGUCCCUAGCAUUCCUGACGUGUCAUCGGUCCACAGAUUGGAGAAUUAAAAGGGACUAGAGACUGUGCGGCCAUUCUGACAUUUUCCUUAGGUUGCUGACUUAGUUUGCUUCACAUUUCUUCCUUCGGAGACUUCUGCAUUACAUCUAUCCAACCAGUCUUGGGCCAGAGGCCCCCAAUAUGGCGGACCAGUAUAACACCAAUGAGGAGAAAAUUCUGAAAGAUAGUCACACCAAGGAGAUUGAUUUGAUCAACAGGGACCCUAAGCAGAUCAAUGAAGAUGUUGUCAAGGUGGAUUUUGAGGAUGUGAUAGCUGAGCCCGACGGCACCCACAGUAUGGAUGGAGUGUGGAAGGCCAGCUACACCACCUUCACCGUCUCCAAGUACUGGUGCUACCGUGUGCUGUCGGCCAUCUUUGGCAUCCCAGUGGCGCUGCUGUGGGGUUUCUGUUUUGCCUGCAUCUCCUUCUGUCACAUCUGGGCAGUCAUGCCCUGCAUUAAGAGCUAUCUGAUCGAGACCCAGUGCCUGAGUCGAAUCUACUCUCUCUGCAUCCAUACCUUCUGUGACCCCUUGUUUGAAGCUCUAGGGAAAAUUUUCAGCAGCGUACGGGUGGCAUUACGCAAAGAGGUUUAGUUUUCAAAUACAAAGUUUUCAAUGAUCAGUCCUUGGAGGAAAAAUGUUUUAUUUUACAAAUAUUUAAUUUUGGAGUGUGGAUUUUGAAGUCACUAAAAAUGAAAAGACUACAUGAAUAAUAGAAUGCAUAUAUCCCCUGGAUGGUUUAUCCUUUGCAUUUUUUUUUUCUCAGUUAAUGUUAGAGGCUUUGGGAGCAAUUCAGGAUUAGGCCACCUGUUUGUUCAAAGAGACAUAUGAUGAAAAGCCUCUCCGACUGACAAUGGAGAAUAAGUCUUAUCUGAUAUCAUAGGGUUUCUAUCUUUAAGUAUGACAGAUUUAAAAUGGGAUGCUGCGGAGUAAGGUAUUUUUAUUAUGACAAUGUCAGAUAUAUUCUGUACAACUACAAAUAAAACAUUUAAUUGUAAACACAAAUAAAUGUUGUUUUGAGUUAGU